GCCACCAUCACCAUCCAAAAGCACCAGUAGCAUAGAAGAAGAACAGGAAACAAGUCCAUGGCAUAUACUAGCAGAGCAGUAUGAAUAUUAUACAAAACAGUUUAGAAGACUACAACCUAAUGAUGGUGGAGUCAUUAAAGGACCAAAAGCAAGGGAUUUUUUCUUGAAAUCUAAUCUUUCAACAGAAAUCCUCUCCAAAGUCUGGCAUCUGUCAGACAUCAAUCAAGACAAUGCUCUAGAUUUAGAUGAAUUUUGCAUUGCAAUGCAUCUUGUUGUGGCCAUUAGGCAUGGUUUAGAUUUACCAGCGGUGCUGCCCUAUGAACUACUGCAUCACAGACAAGUCAGCAAUGACUUGCAGGCAGGUAGAGUCUCAGAAGAGAGCACAGAAACAAUAGAAGAGGAUUCUAAACCUCUUAGUAAAGUACGAAGAAACAGAUCACAAUCAGACACUUCACUUAACGAAGAUCAUCAUCCAGAAAUAAUAUCCMGGAAGACUUCAAUGCCAGUAACYAGAGUAGACGAAGAGGGCAGAACACAAAGUCCAGAUCAAAAUGUCAAAAUACCAAGACCUAAAGCCACCAAUAUUAGUCUUAUAGACAGCCGUCCUGGACAGCUGUUACCACCACCACAGCCUGGUCARUUUCCUACCUGGACACCCACAAAAGCUGGCCAGGAUUCAGACUCUGCUGAAUCAGACGAUGAUGAUUCAGAAAAGUCCUCAGAUGAUGAAGAUGAAUCCCGACCUUUGUCACCAGGACAAACAGUUCCCCCUCCUCCUAUGCCGCCCCUAACAGAGGAUGAAACCAAAGAAGAUGAGGAGGAAGAAGAAGAGGGGAUACCCACCCCUCCCAGCACACCAAAAGAUGAGACUCCACAGCCAGUGUUUCCAGAUGUUGCCCAAGUGACACGAAGAUUAAGUAAGAAGUCCUUUGAUAGGCCAAGGUCUGCUGGUGAUGUGAAUGACAUCGUGCCGCUGCCCAGUAGUGAUGGCAGUGCCGAGUCAACCCCUACWAAUAGUAGCAUAGGAUCUGAUGGUAAGAAAGAACCRCCCCCUCCCCCACCCAGAAGAAAAGAGAAAGGUCACUCAAGGUCAUCCUCGUUGGAUCUUAACAAGCUGUUUGGUCCAAAAUCAAAAGAGACACGAGCCAGUACAUUUGGUUCUCCUACAUCAAGUCAGUCAAGCCAGACAAGUCAAAGUGGAGAAGUUCCACUUCCUCUGAAAACAGAACCAAAGCCAGARCAAGACGACAAUGACACACAAACCACAGAAGAUAACCAAGAAACCAAUGAAAAACCAGCAAAGGAAGAAAACUUUGCCGAUUUUAGYAAUUUUGAGACUUUAGUGAAAGCUCAAGGUACAGCUAGUGAAUCACAUAUGAAUGUACCAUCACAAGGACGUACGCACAGGCGGUCGCUAUCACUCGAUCAUGCGCAGGAUUAUUGGCCCAAGACGUCUCAAUCCAAUAACAUCGAUAGUACAAUCGACGGUACCACUGUGUCUCCCCCCGUCAAGCUACUAACAUUAAACAAACAAACGCCAAGAAAAGAUGGCAGCGAAGAAAGAAAACUAAAAACAGAACCCCCUAAAGUAGUUGUAAAGCCUUUAACAAAGGAGUCCAAGUUACAAAAUAGUAUACGUGAAUUAAAAGAAACAAAUUUAUUGCUCUCAAGACUGAAUAGUGAACUACAGCAAGAAAAUACAGAAAUGAUGGAACAACGAAUUAGUUUGGAGCUCAAACUAGAGCGGCUAAAGCCAUUUACGUCCAAAUGAACCGAUAAACAAUAUAAAAACAUAGACGAUUACUUAUUCCAAAUGAUCAACGCUUCGAAUCUAUUUGACGUCACAUCAUCCUGUGAAUUUCAUCGAUGUUCGUGAACUAUCAACCACAUGAAGCCCGAAUCACUUAAGCUUGCUGGCUGUUGAUUGGUUGGUUAUACUUACCCAGUUCCCUAAUUGCGCGGUUUAUAAAUACGAGAGGAAAUGGUAAAGACAUAAUAUAUCAUUACGAUCGACUCACUUUCAGUUCAAAAAUUCAAAAAAAUAUCGAAAGUCAWAAAACUUAUACUUUGAGCAUGCGCAAUGGUGAAUUACGUGUCAGUUGUAAUCUACUCAAUGCGCAUGUCCGUAUUUAGGUAGAUAUUUCAAAUAAGGUUUAAAGGCGAGUAGAUGGUACAUCGUAUUCCAAAAAAAAUAUCUUAAUUAAGAGAUUUAUCGAACACACUUUAUUGAGAAGUUUAAUUUUCAYAAAACAGUAAAAUUGAGUAUAAGUGACUAAAAGUGCGCAUUAUUUAGCACUAUUUACUCUUAAACGAUUAAUAACACUCAGUGUUUAAUAGUUACUAAUGGAUUAUCUUAAGAGUCGUUUUUAUUUGACUGUGAAAAAUUAGUGAGACUAAUACUUGGUCUAAUACUAWUACUAAGGACUAGCAUCAGUGUGAAGCGAUGGCAUUUUGUGCAGCAAAGCAUGAUGGUAGUUGUAGUUCUCGUACUUAUUAGAGACCCUAAAAUCCAUGUUUUCUUAGCAGUUUUUGCUUUUUCUAAGCAAAAAUAGAAGUACUUGUACCGUUUAUACUAAGGAGGACUGUUGUAGCAGACAUAAAAAAGGACGAGGACUACAACUACCAUCAUUCUUUGCGACACAAAAUGGCGUCGUUGCACAUUUCCUAUUGCCCCAAASGCAUCAGUUAGUGCUUUYUGGUACGRUGUUGCACACUUUUGUGUCUGUACUCAAUUCCUUYGACGCUUCUAGUGACUAUCAUGCUCGAUUUGUUUUGUUUUUCUAUUAUUUGAAUAGGGAUUUUAUACUUAAAUAUAUGGACUUUACUUUACAAGAYACAGGGAUGUCGGAGAAARUAUUGAAUGCACAACCAAAUGUUAYUGUAGCUWAUCAMAACAUURACAGAAUUCCUUCUGCUGCUGUUAAAUGCAAAAACAAACCAUAGAAGGCCUUUUAUAUAACGACAAUAAUAGUAUUGGUUGCUUUUGAUAGGUGCAGAAGUUUGCCGUAAACAGCCAUUACCCAGAGUAACUUUCGGACGUGCAUUCAAAACUCUCUUCGUCAAACCUUUUAGAAUUAGCUGUAUCUAUAUAAGAAUGACACAUGGGUUAUGUUUUGUAUUGUGUGUCGCCUUUUGACGAUAACAACCUUAUAAAAAUAGCAGUAUAACAAAAAAUAGAUUUUAUAAUAUUGCCACGUGACGCUCGCAACGAGCCAAGCUCUUUAUUUUUAUGUUAAAUAGAUCACGUGAUUUAACCAUGAGGCACCUCGUGACUGCAUUUAUUAAGCAUGCAUUGCGCGUGUUAGGUAAAGUUGUUUCGAAAUUUGUUGAUUUGCAUCAUUUUUUAUUACAUUUAAAAAUAUAGAAAAGUUAUAAGAUAUUAAUGUAUAUGAUAAAGGUCAAGGAACUAAAUAGUUUAUCAAUCAAACGA